UCCUUCCUCCUCGUCUCCUCCAUCCUUCAUUUUGUUUUGUUUUUUCUCCUCUCUGCAGUCAUGGUGCAGAAAUCCCGCAACGGCGGCGUGUUUCCCGGAGCGCAGGCCGACCAGAAGAAGCUCAAGGUCGGCUUCGUGGGUUUGGAGGCCGGCGGGACCGAGUCCAGCAGGGACGGAGCUUUACUCAUCGCAGGUGUGGAGGAGGGGCCUCGGCGGCAGAGGAGCAGCAUUUCAGGUGGUAAGAGGCCUCCGAAGCGAAAUGCCUUCUACCGGCGACUGCAGAAUUUCCUCUACAAUGUUCUGGAGAGACCGAGAGGCUGGGCCUUCAUCUACCACGCAUAUGUGUUCCUCCUGGUCUUCUCCUGUCUUGUUCUGUCAGUGUUCUCAACCAUCAAAGAGUACGAGAAGAGUUCAGAGGAUGCACUCUACAUCUUGGAAGUGGUGACCAUUGUGGUGUUCGGGGUGGAGUACAUGGUGAGGAUCUGGGCUGCAGGCUGCUGCUGUCGCUACAGAGGAUGGAGAGGGCGACUUAAAUUUGCCAGAAAACCUUUCUGUGUCAUUGAUAUCAUGGUGUUGAUCGCAUCGAUCUCAGUGUUGGCCGCGGGGACUCAGGGGAAUGUCUUUGCUACAUCUGCAAUUCGUUCGCUGCGCUUCCUGCAGAUCCUGAGGAUGAUCCGGAUGGACCGGCGCGGUGGAACCUGGAAACUGUUGGGCUCAGUGGUCUAUGCUCACAGCAAGGAGCUGAUCACAGCCUGGUACAUCGGCUUCUUGUGCCUCAUUCUGGCCAGCUUUCUGGUUUAUUUGGCAGAGAAAGAAGACAACGAACAGUUUGAGACGUACGCUGAUGCCCUCUGGUGGGGACUGAUCACAUUGACGACCAUUGGCUAUGGAGACAAGUUUCCAAUCACAUGGAAUGGACGGCUACUGGCUGCAACCUUCACACUGAUUGGGGUUUCAUUCUUCGCUCUGCCUGCUGGGAUUCUGGGGUCAGGUUUUGCCCUGAAGGUUCAGGAACAGCACAGACAGAAACACUUUGAGAAGAGAAGAAACCCAGCAGCUGGACUCAUACAGGCAGCUUGGAGGGUUUAUGCCACUAAUCUGAGCAGAACUGAUCUGACUUCAACCUGGCAUUAUUAUGAGCGGACUGUUUCCAGUGCGAUGUACAGGUUGAUUCCUCCACUCAAUCCGGAUUUAUUAAGGAACCUCAAAAAAUCUGGACUCUCUUUCAGGAAGGAGGUGCAGCCUGAACCUUCCCCCAGUCAAAAGGUCAGUCUGAAAGAGAGGGUGUUCUCAUCUCCCCGAAGUUCAGGAACCAAAGGGAAAGGUUCUCCCCAGCAUGUGGUUCCUACAGCUGUUUCUGGAGUCAUUCCUGGAGGUCCAGGAGUCCCAGGUGGUGUUCAGGCCUUACGGCAAUCUCCCAGCAUGGAUCCUAGUUUGGAGGACAGUCCCGGUAAGGUUCCUAAAAGCUGGAGCUUUGGAGACCGCAGCAGAACCAGACAAGCCUUCAGGAUCCGAGGAGCUGCCUCCCGGCAAAACUCUGAAGAGGCCAGUCUUCCCGGUGAGGACAUGGUGGACGACAAUAAAAGCUGCCACUGUGAGUUUGUCCCUCAGGAUCUGACACCAGGGUUAAAGGUCACCAUCAGAGCCAUCUGCAUCAUGCGCUUCAUGGUGUCCAAGCGGAAAUUUAAGGAGAGUCUCCGCCCCUAUGAUGUCAUGGAUGUGAUUGAACAGUAUUCAGCAGGACACCUGGACAUGCUCGCUCGCAUCAAAAACCUCCAGGCAAGGGUGGAUCAAAUCGUUGGCAGAGGAACACCAAUCACAGACAAGGACCGUCCCAAAUCAGGCACAGAGGAGGUACCUGAUGACCCGAGCAUGAUGGGACGGCUGGGGAAAGUGGAGAAGCAGGUGUUGUCUAUGGAGCGGAAAUUAGACUUUCUGGUCAACAUUUACAUCCAGCGGAUGGGAAUCCCUCAGGCUGAGACUGAUGCUUAUUUUGGUUCCAAAGAGCCGGACCCAGCGCCGCCUUACCACAGUCCAGUGGACCACCUGGACAAGAGCCAGUCCAUAGUCAAGAUCCUGCAGGUGUUGCCUGGUGACCACAUGGAGAAGAGCCGUGUUGCCACCAAGAUGGUUCGCUCCAGCAGCUCCACCGCACACAGGAACUACAGUACUCCUACCUGCCCGCCCUCCACUUCCUGGCAGCCAGUGAGCUCCCAGUUCCAUCAGCAAGCCCCACCCCAUCCUCAGCACAGCCAGGGCAACACUCCAAGUCCACUGAGCGACAGAUCUCUGGUUCGACUGCCACCUCCUCCUGCUGGGGAGAGACAUAACGGCAGCAGAUCAAACCGCCACAGCGCUGGAGAUAGAGGAGGGGAAGGAGUGAACGGGACAGGGGGAGGAGGAGCAGAGGAGGUGAAGCCCGACAGUGAUAUGUCCCUAUCUAUCCCAUCUGUGGACCAUGAGGAACUAGAGCGCUCCUUCAGCGGCUUCUCCAUCUCACAGUCCAGAGAAAACAUGGAUUUUCUCAACACCAGCUUCUACUCCUCCUCGGCCAACCUGGGAGACCACCAGGGAGGAGGAGCUGCCCGCUGUUCCGCUGUCCAGCCGUACAUUGCUGAAGGAGAGUCAGACUCCGACUCGGAGCUGUGCGCUCCCUCACCGCACUCGGACGCCGCCUGGACUGGGGUCAAGUAGAGCUGCAAACAAACAAAAGAAGAGAAACCUGUUAAUUUAAACACCAGCAAACUCACAGUCGACAAAGACAA